GCUCGGGCUGCAGUGCGUGCUUGGGCGGGGGCGACCCGGGAAGCUUCGGGUGGAGCGAGGCGGAGCGAGCGCUGGCAUCCUCCCGCCCACGAGGCUAAGGAAUGGCCGAGUUUCGGAAAGAACCUGCCUGCUCCGGCUGCUGCGCGUGCUUGGGCGGGGGCGAGUCGGGAGACUUUAAGGAGGAUUGAGGGGAGGCGGGGCCGGGAGUUCUCCCGCCCACCGGGCUCAGGAUUGGCCGAAGCUAGGCAGGCACCGCCCCGCUUGGGCGGCAGCUCCCGUCCGCCCGGGGGCGUCCCCAGAGGCGCGUGGGGCGGGCGGGGCUGCGUUGGGGCUGUGUCUGGGCUUAGGGCGGGGGCCUGGGAUGCUGCCGCGGAGCUGACUUGCUGGACUUGGUUUGUGGCAGACGGAUGGCGAACGUGCGGGUCGCCGUGCGGGUCCGGCCGCUCAGCAAGAGGGAGACCAAAGAAGGGGGAAGAAUUAUUGUGGAAGUUGAUGGCAAAGUGGCGAAAGUCAGGAAUUUAAAGGUGGACAGUCGACCAGAUGGCUUUGGGGACUCCCGGGAGAAGGUUAUGGCGUUUGGCUUUGAUUACUGCUACUGGUCAGUCAACCCAGAGGAUCCCCAGUAUGCAUCUCAAGAUGUGGUUUUCCAGGAUUUAGGGAUGGAAGUACUCUCUGGAGUUGCCAAAGGCUAUAACAUAUGCCUUUUUGCUUAUGGACAGACAGGCUCUGGGAAGACAUAUACCAUGCUGGGGACCCCAGCCUCUGUUGGGCUGACACCACGGAUAUGUGAGGGUCUCUUCAUCAGGGAGAAAGACUGUGCCUCACUGCCUUCCUCCUGUAGGAUAAAAGUAAGUUUUCUAGAAAUCUAUAAUGAACGGGUGCGGGAUCUGUUGAAGCAAUCUGGUCAAAAAAAGCCCUAUACCCUGCGGGUCAGGGAGCAUCCAGAGAUGGGGCCCUAUGUACAAGGUUUAUCUCAACAUGUAGUUACCAAUUACAAGCAAGUAAUCCAACUCUUGGAGGAGGGGAUUGCAAACAGAAUCACAGCAGCCACCCAUGUUCAUGAGGCCAGUAGCAGAUCCCACGCCAUUUUCACUAUCCACUACACACAGGCAAUCCUGGAGAACAACCUCCCUUCUGAAAUGGCUAGCAAGAUCAACCUUGUGGACCUAGCAGGCAGUGAAAGAGCAGACCCCAGUUACUGUAAGGACCGCAUUACUGAAGGAGCCAAUAUCAACAAGUCCCUUGUGACUCUGGGAAUUGUCAUCUCCACCUUAGCCCAGAACUCCCAAGUUUUCAGCAGCUGCCAGAGCCUCAACAGCUCAGUCAGCAAUGGUGGUGACAGUGGAAUCCUUAGCUCUCCUUCUGGGACCAGCAGUGGAGGGGCACCCUCCCGAAGGCAGUCUUAUAUCCCAUACCGAGACUCUUUGUUGACCUGGCUGCUGAAGGACAGCCUUGGAGGCAACUCUAAAACCAUCAUGGUUGCCACGGUGUCUCCUGCACACACUAGCUACAGUGAGACCAUGAGCACACUGAGAUAUGCAUCCAGUGCCAAAAACAUUAUCAACAAGCCACGAGUAAAUGAGGAUGCAAACGUAAAGCUGAUUAGAGAACUCAGAGAAGAGAUUGAAAGACUGAAAGCCCUGCUGCUGAGCUUUGAACUGAGAAACUUCGGUUCAUUGAAUGAUGAAAAGGAUGAAAACCUGAAGGAGCUGGUUCUCCAAAAUGAGUUGAAGAUAGACCAGCUGACUAAAGACUGGACCCAGAAGUGGAAUGAUUGGCAGGCCCUCAUGGAGCAUUACAGUGUGGACAUCAACAGGAGGAGGGCUGGGGUGGUCAUCGACUCCAGCCUGCCACACCUGAUGGCUUUGGAGGAUGAUGUGCUCAGCACAGGUGUUGUGCUGUAUCAUCUCAAGGAAGGGACAACAAAAAUUGGAAGAAUUGACUCAGACCAGGAACAGGACAUUGUCCUGCAGGGUCAGUGGAUCGAGAGAGACCACUGCACUAUCACCAGUGCCUGUGGUGUAGUUGUUCUCCGGCCUGCCCGUGGGGCCCGCUGUACAGUCAAUGGCCGGGAGGUCACUGCCUCCUGCCGUCUGACCCAAGGAGCUGUCAUAACCCUGGGGAAGGCACAGAAGUUCCGAUUCAACCACCCAGCAGAGGCUGCUGUCCUGCGGCAGCGAAGGCAGGUUGGAGAGGCUGCUGCUGGUGGUGGCUCUUUGGAGUGGCUGGAUUUGGAUGGAGAUCUCACUGCGUCCCGGCUAGGUCUCUUCCCUUUGCUUUGGAAGGAAGGGAGAGCGCUUGAAGAGCAAUGUGACGAGGACCGUCAGCCACUGAGGUAUGGAGAGACAUCCCACAGGGCCCAGAUUCAGCAGCAGCAGAGCUACGUGGAGGAUUUGAGGCAUCAAAUCCUAGCAGAAGAGAUUCAAGCUGAGAAGGAACUGGAAUUUGACCAAACUUGGAUUAGCCAGCAGAUUAAAGAAAACCAGCAGUGUCUGCUCAGAGAAGAGACCUGGCUGGCCAGCUUGCAACAGCAGCAGCAAGAAGACCAUGUAGCAGAGAAAGAACUUGAGGCAUCUGUGGCACUUGAUGCGUGGCUUCAGACAGAUCCUGAGAUUCAGCCAUCCCCAUUUGUCCAAAGUCAGAAAAGGGUGGUGCAACUGCAGCUCCUGCGGAGACACACUCUUCGGGCAGCAGAGCGGAAUGUCCGGCGGAAAAAGGUCUCAUUCCAGCUAGAGAGAAUCAUCAAAAAGCAGAGGCUGCUGGAGGCCCAGAAGAGACUGGAGCAGCUCACGACAUUGUGCUGGCUCCAGGAUGACAGCACCCAGGAGCCCCCAUACCAGGUCCCCAGCCCUGAUGCCACAGUCCCACAGCCUCAAUGUAGAAGCAAAUUGACGAGUUGCAGUUCUUUGAGCCCCCAAAGGCUCUGCAGCAAGCACGUGCCCCAGCUACACAGCAUUUUCCUAAGUUGGAAUCCCUCUACCACAUUACCACCUAUGCCUGACCCUACUCACCAAACAUCAGAGAAAACAUCAUCAGAAGAGUGUUUGUCACAGGCUGCUUCCUACCCUCCAAGGACAGGGUGUCUCCGCAAGAACGGCCUGCAUUCCUCAGGCCAUGGGCAGCCCUGCACAGCCAGAGCAGCCUUGUCCAGGAAGGGAGCCUCAGCUCCAGACACUUGGCUCACCGUGAGUCCCAACUCUGUUGGCAUCCAGGAAAUGGAGAGGGUGGGUAAGCAGCCCCAUCAGAUGGUGAUCCAGGGCUUAGCAUCUCUGAGGAAAUCAGCUAACAAGCGAAAGCCAAGGCAUGAGCCAAAGAUCCUCACCUCUACUACCCAGACCGGAGGGGCGAAAGGACUAGCAGACCCUAGCCACACACAAGCUGGGUGGCGAAAAGAAGGGAACCUUGGGACCCACACGACUGCUAAGGGAGCCAGUUGCAAUUCCUCAUAUCCUCAUGGACCCAGGCAGACUGCUGGGCAUGGAAAGGCAGUCAAGACUUUUUGGACAGAAUACAAACCACCUUCUCCAAGCAGGGCAUCAAAAAGGCAUCAGAAGGUUCUGGCAGCUAGGGUCAGAAAUAUUACCAAAAAGUCCUCUCACUUGCCUCUUGGCAGUCCUUUGAAGAGACAACAAAAUACGAGGGACCUAGACACCAUGGCCCCACUCACAGAUUUUAGUCCAGUAGUGGAUCAUUCAAGAGAAGACAAUGAUUUUUCUGACUCAGAUAGCAACUACUCAGUGGAUUCUCUCUCGUGUGUCUAUGCCAAAACCCUGAUAGAGCCACUAAAGCCAGAAGACCCUCAGGAGAGGAAGUGGGAUUUCCCGGAGCCAGAGAACUCUGAAAGUGACGACAGCCAAAUAUCUGAGGACUCACUGGCUGAGAAGAGGUACCAAAGCCCACAAAACAGGCUAGGGGGAAAUCAUCCCACCAACCACCAUGGCCACCCCAGGACCAGAACUAGAUCUUCUGUGAGGGGCUUCACUGUACCCUCAGACAGUGACCUACUUGCUCAAACUCACAGGAGCUUCUCCUUGGAUAGCCUGAUUGAUGCUGAGGAAGAACUAGCGGAAGAUCAGCAAGAAGAACCUUUCCCUGGUUCAGCUGAUGAGAUACCCACAGAGACUUUUUGGCACCUGGAGGACUCCAAUCUGCCUGUAAUGGACCAAGAGGCAAUAUGCAGGCUUGGUCCCGUCAACUACAGAACAGCAGCUAGGCUGGAUGCCGUCCUGCCAAUGAACAGUUCGUUUUACCUUGAUCCUCAGUUCCAACCCCAUUGUGAGCUCCAACCCCAUUGUGAGCAGGCAGAGUCACAGGGAGAGCCAAGCUACUCUGAACAGGCCAACUCUCUCCAAGGCAUGCAGCUUUCAAGAGAGAGCCCACUGAUGUCCAUGGAUUCCUGGUUUUCCUGUGACUCUAAGAUCAACCCCAGCAGCCCCCCAGGAAUAGUGGGUUCUUUAUGUCCAAGUCCUGAUGUGCAGGAAUUUCACCACUGUAAGGGGGAGAGACCUGGAUACUGGCUAAAUACUGAGGAACUAAAGCCAUCAGAUGCAGAAACGGUUCUGCCAUAUAGCUCCAAACUGCACCAAGGCAGUACUGAGCUCCUCUGCAUUGCAAGAGAUGAGCACACAGCCUCUGCUUCUGAUACGUCCAGGCUGUCUCUCUGGGGAAUUCAAAAGCUUAUUCAACCAGGAGCUGAUGGCACUUUUCAGGGCAGAUGCAUCCAUGACACGACCCAGCAGGGCAGCUCUGAAGCAUCCCACAAUUCUAGUGUAUCAAACGCGCUGUCUGCCUCUGCCACCACAUUGACUCAUGUAGGCGGCACCCACGAAAGGGACUGGUCUGCCCUUCAGCAAAAGUACCUCCUUGAACUCUCUCGCCCUGUUUUGGAGGCCAUAGGAGCGCCCAGGCCAGCUUUCCCCUACCUUGAGGAAGACUCUGGUUCCCUGGCCCAAGCUUCUGGCGAAGGAGGAGAUACUCCAUUGCCAGUUGGCCCUAAGGUAUCUAGCAAUCUGAAUCUCAACAACUUUCCAAUCCAUCUGUCCAGAAUCAGGCGUUUGAGGGCAGAGAAAGAACAGGACAGUUUAAAUGCCAAAUUAGAAGGUGUUUCAGAUUUCUUUAGCACUAGUGAGAAAGAGGUGAGUUAUGACGAAACUUAUUCAGCAGACUUAGAAUCAUUGGCUGCUUCUCGAUCUACAAAUGCACAGGUCUUUGCAGUAGGGAACACGAUACCAGAUUCCAUGACAGAAGCAUGUGAAGUCAAGCAGAACAACUUGGAAGAACGCCUUCAGAGUUGCAGGAAACCUGGACUGAUGACUUCCUCUGAUGAGUAUUUUUUCCAGAAGAACGCUUGUCACAGUAAUGUCACUACAGCCACCAAAGCAGACCAUUGGCCCCAAGGCUGGGCUCCUCUCAGGAAAAAUAGUGCAGUCCAGCCAGGGCAAUUAAGUCCUGACAGCCAGUACCCACUAGAGGAAGAGAAGACAGAUUGCCAGGAGAGCUCUCAGGAAGCAGUUAGAAGACACAUAAAUAUCUCCUUUGCCUUUCCUUCAGGUCCAGAGCUAUACCUUCACUCUGCUGCCUGGAAUCCAUUGUCAUCUUCCCUGCAGCCCCCACUCUUGGAAACAUUCUAUGUGACCAAAAGCAGGGAUGCCCUGACAGAAACUGCCUUAGAGAUUCCAGCUUGCAGAGAAGUAAGGGUACCUUCCCCACCCCCCAGGGAAGCCUGGGGCUUUGGUCACAACGGCCAAGCUCUCCAAGAUGCUUAUUUGAAGAAUAAUUUGCCAGUGCUGUUACAAAACCAGAAUUCUAAGGUUGCCUCAUCUCAGCAGGUCAUAACUGAGAUACCAGUAGGUCUGAAUGCCGGGGAAGUCAUCAGAGAAUCAGGUAAAUGCCCUGGAAAUAUUACAGAAGAAAGCCAUGAUUCAGUUUAUUCUUCUGUUACUCAGAACAGACAUUUUCUCCCCUCUACCAGCACAAAAGUAUGUGAAUUUGAAAAUCAAGUUGGAAUUUUAAAUAAACACAGUUUUCCAGCACUUGAAGGAGGAGAGGUCACUGCUCAGUCCUGUUGCAGUGUUUCCUCAGACAGCACUGAGUCUGGGAAGCCUCUCCUCCUCUUUCUCGAAUCUGAGGCAUGUAAGGAAGAAGAUCUGGAUCAGAAUACAGUUCUGAGGCAGACCAUCAAUGUAGGCCUUGAGAAAGACUUGCCAUGGGAAAGUGCUGUUUCUUUGAAGUCCAGAUCAGUACGUCAUAGAGUAAGCAGCCCAGUGAUGGUGGCCCAGGAUGAGAGUCCAACCCCUAAAUGGGAAGGGAAAAAUGAAAUUAGGCUUCUUGAAAAAGCUCUUCAUCCCAAAGAUAGCUCAGAAGAGUUUAAGCUUCCAGGCACAAAGCCUGCAUAUGAGAGGUUCCAGUUAGUUACAUGCCCUCAGGAAAGAAACCCCGGUGAAUGCAAGGGUCCUGGAAAGUCACAAGAAAUGUUAAAUCCCAACGGAGAACCUUCUGAAAAGAAACAGAAUAAAAGAGUUAAUAAUACUGAUGAAAUGGCUAGGCUAAUUAGGAGUGUAAUGCAGCUGGAAAAUGGCAUCUUAGAAAUUGAAUCUAAGCAGAAUAAGCAGGCUCAUGCUUCCCACACACCAGGUGUCGAUAAGGAGUCAGUGUUCCAGGACCAGAAGGAGCAGGAGAAGACUGACCAUGCCCUUAGGCCAGACAGCUCUGGAAACCUUUUGACCUCUAAGGAUCAGCCAUCUUCUCCAAGACAGGCAGAUGCUACUGUCUUUAGGGAUAGUGAAGCUGGAGAGAUGGAGGUUAACAGCACUGGGAACCAUCCCCAGGUCCAGAAAAUCACCCUGAACCCCUUCAGGUCAAGGGAAGGUGUACAAGAGAGUGGACCUGUGAGAGAGCACACCCACCCAGCUGGAUCAGACAGACCUGCCAGGGAUAUUUUUGAUUCUUUAGGGAAACACACAACUUGCAGAGAGUUCACCAACACUUCUUUUCGCCCACAGAGAAUGAAAGCCUUGACUAGAGCUCUGCCAUUGCAGCCCAGGCUAGAGAGGUCUUCUGAGAAUAAUGGCCAGUUAGUAAAAGCAUCAGCAAGUCUCAAAGAGCAGCCUUGGGGCUUAGGAAGUCUUGAGGAAUUGGAGACUGUGAAAGGUUUUCAGGAAAGCCAAGUUGCUGAACACUUAAGUAGUUCCAACCAAGAGGAGCCAAAAGCUCAAGGUAAAGUUGAAGAAAUGCCUAUGCAAAGGGGACGCAGCCUACAGGAAGAAAAUAAAGUGACUCAGAAACUUCCUAGUCUCAGCCAGCUUUGUAGGGACACAUUUUUCAGCCAGGAAACUGUCAGCCCGUUACUAAGCUGGACCGAAUUCUCUACAGCUCCUCUUCACCAAGACCUGAGUAAUACCUUGCCCUUGAAUUCUCCAAGGCGGCCAAGAAGCUGUCUUCAUGUACCUGGUGUUCUAGGCAUCUCUUCACUUGACUGUGUGCUGGAUCUCACAAUGUUGAAAAUUCAUAACAGUCCUUUGGUAGCUGGAGUACCUCAUCAGGACCAGAGUACAGAGACCAGAGGCCACAGCCCUGAAGGAAAUGUUAGAGGGGGUUCCUCCGAGGCACACACUGCCUGGUGUGGGUCUGUGCGAUCCAUGGCCAUGAGAUCUCAUAGUCAAUCUGGUGUACCAGAGAGCAUUUCUCUGGGGAAAGAGGACAAGAUCUCAGCAAGCACCAGCCCCCAAGACCAUGGAAAGGACCUCAGAAUCACCUUGCUGGGUUUCAGUACCAGCGAAGAUUUUGCUUCUGAAGCCGAGGUGGCUGUGCAGAAAGAAAUAGGAGUCAGUUCGCUGAACAAGGUCUCUAGCCAGCCUGAAAAGAGGGUCAGCUUCUCCUUGGAAAAGGAUAAUGACCAAGCCAGCAAGCCAAGGCAGAAGGCAGAGGAGGAGACUGAGGACCUUGGACUGACCAGCAGUGUUUCCUUAGCACCUGUUUCCCUGCCGAGGGUGCCCAGUCAGGAACCUAGGCUGUUGGAGCCCUCUGACUAUGCAUCCAUGUGUCUGGCCAUCUUGGAGGAGAUCAGACAGGCAAAGGCCCAGAGAAAGCAGCUUAAUGACUUUGUGGCCAGAGGCACAGUCCUUUCUUACUGUGAAACUUUACUAGAACCUGAAUGUUGUUCAGGGGUUGCUGGCAGGCCUCAGUGUAAACAAAUAGAACUGUCAUCAUCAGACCAGACCAGGAAUGAGGUUGAAGCACCGGGAUUUCAUGUGGCAUCUCUGUCUGCUGAAGCAGGGCAGACAGAUCUGUCAACUGAUGAGAGGAAAGUCCAGGCCACACCUCUGUCUGCAGACAGCUUUCAAUCUCUGCCCAAUACGGAAAGUGACAGACAGCCGUGGGGUCCUAUGCAGGCUUUCUCCCAUGCUGCCCCUGCUCUAGACAAAAAACAUUGUACUGGAGAACUGAGGCAGUUCGCGGGAACAAAUGAACCGUUUAUAUGUCACUCUGGUUCUUCUGAAAUCCUAGAGAAAAAGGAAGAUGCAACCAGAACGCCUUCCUCUGUUGAUCCUUUGGCCCCAGACAGUCUUCUUUCUUCAGCACCUGUGGAGGGGGUCAGGAGGGUAGUAUCAAAGCAGGUAGUGGCUGCCUUAUCUUCUCAGGCCCCUUGUGAUGAUCCUAGAGUGACUCUGCAUGAGCUAAGUCAGUCAGUUCCGCAGGAGACUGCAGAGGGCAUACCCGCUGGCAGUCAGGACAGCAGCCCAGAGCAUCAGGAACCCAGAGCUCUAAACACCACAUACAGAGAAGUUUCAGGUAAUUCAUUAGUGACUGCACAGGAAGAAAAAACAGCCCAUUUUGAAAGUCAGUCUGUGACCUGUGAUGUUCAGAAUUCUACAAGUCCCUCAGGGCCUAAGCAAGACCAUGUCCAAUGCCCUGAGGCUUCCACUGGCUUUGAAGAAGGUAGGGCAAAUCCCAAACAAGAUACCAUUCUGCCUGGAGCUCUGACAGGGGUUGAACUGGAAGCUCCCACACAGCAGUGUGUGAAGUGGAAGGAGAGUGUUGGGUCUGGGUUGACAGAAAUCUGCAGGGCUGGCAGCAAACAUUCCAGACCAACUCCACUGCCAGAUCAAAGACCAAGCCCAAAUCCUGAGGGAAUUGGAGAGGGAGCCCCAUGCAGAUAUCCAUGGGAAGCUUUACAUGGCCCUGUCUUCUCAAGGAACCCUGAAGGCAGCAGGACUCUCAGAACGUCUAGAGGAAAAGAGAGCAGAACUCUUCCUUGCCGACAGCCAUGCAGUUCUCAACCUGUUGCUACUCGUUCUUAUUCCUGCCAUUCCUCUACUUCGCUGUGUUGUAGAGGUGGUGACCUGGGGAAGGAGCCUUUCAAGGCUGCCCUACAUACUGUCCACUCACCCUGUGGAGUACCUUCUAGGGCCUAUGAAAUGGAUGAGACAGGAGAGACCUCUUCUAGGGGACCUGAUGUGCUCUUGACACAUAGCCUUGAGCCAAAAGAUGUUAAUAGGGAAUUUAGUAUAACAGAGAGCAGCACUUGUGAGCCCUCUACUGUGGCUGCUAUCCUAUCUGGGGCUCAAGGCUGCAGAUCCCCUUCUGCCUCUGAUGUGAGGAGGACAAGUUCCUUCAGCCACUCAGCUACUGAUGGAAGCUUAGGAUUAAUAGGCGCUCCUGAGAAAAAGGUUGCUGAGAACCAAGCAAGCACAGGACUUGAGGCUACCUCUUUCCCUGCAGGCAUGUACUCUGAGCCACUGAGGCAGUUUAGGGACAGCUCUGUAGGUGACCAGAAUGUACAGGUAUCUCAAACCAGUCCAGAACCACCUGCAACAACUCCGGGACCACACCCCCUGGAUUUAAGUGAAGGGUCUGUGGAGAGCAAGUUGGUGGCAGAGCCACGGCAUGAAUGUUUUGAAAAUACCACCAGAUGUUUUUUGGAAAAGCCACAAUUUUCCACUGAAUUGAGAGAUCACGAUUGCUUGGAUUCCCAAGCCAAGUUUGUAGCAAGGUUAAAACAUACCUGCAGCCCCCAGGAAGACAGUCGCUGGCAGGAAGAAGAGCAGCACAGAGACCAGGCUUCAGGUGGUGGUGAAGGCUUCACCCAGGGUAUGAAUCCCCUUCCUUCUGAUGAAGGUGGCUUAGAUAGCUGUCAGAUUUUAGAUGCUAGGAGACAGGAGGUGGCUGUGGCCAAGCCUCCUGUGUCCAAGAUUUUAUCACAGGGCUUCAAAGACCCAGCCACUGUGUCCUUGAGGCAAAAUGAAACACCACAGCCUGUUUCUCAGGGGCCUGGCAACCUCUAUACUGGCAGAGAGCAGCCAGCCCUCAACCACAGGGGCUCACUUCCUGUGACUGCAAUCUUCUCUGGCCCCGAACGCUCCAAGUCCUCCCCCACACCACGGUUCUCAGUUGUCAGCUCUUCUCGUUCUCUUCAGGAGCUAAACUUGAGUGUGGAGCCUCCUUCCCCUACAGACGAAGAUACACAGGGGCCUGACAGAUUGUGGAACCCACAUCUCAGGGCCUAUUCCUCAGGAAAGUCAGUGGCAAGAACAUCUCUGCAGGCUGAGGACAGCAAUCAGAAAGCUUCAUCUCACUUGGAUGAUGGCACUACUGAUCACAGGCCCCUGAAGCCUGCCACCCCUCCUUAUCCAGUGCCUUCUACCCUCUCACACAUGCCAACCCCUGAUUUCAUGACCAGCUGGAUGUCUGGUACUUUGGAACAGGCCCAACAGGGAAAGCCAGAGAAACUGGGUGUCCAGGUUAGGCCAGAAAAUUGGUGCUCUCAGAUGGACAAAGGAAUGCUGCACUUCGGCUCCAGUGCCAUCAGUCGCUAUGACCUGCCCUGGCGUCCAGAGGAGCAUGCACGUAUCGGCUGGAAGCAAUAUGUGUUUGGCAGUACGAUCGAUGUUUCCUGCAGCCAGAAACCCCAGGGCCUGACACCAUCAAAUGUGGCCCGGUGCUCCAGCGUGGACAAUGGCCUAGAAGACCAGAACUCCUGCUUCCACUCUCACCUCAGCACUUAUGCCAAUAUUCGCGAUCUGUCAACCACACACAGCAGCACUGAGAAUGCCCAAGGUUCAAAUGAGGCCUGGGAAGUAUUCCCAGGGAGUUCUUCAAUUUCUUUAGGAGACCCCCACAUCCUGACGAGCUCUGAAGGAGUAGCCCCCACUUCAGGUCAUGACAGAAGACCCCGGUUCAGGGGCCCUUCUGGUGAAGCAGACUGUCUGAGGAGUAAGCCCCCCUUGGCUGAAGGAAGUGCUGUAGGUCCAGCGGAUGAGAUUAUGCUGCUGUAUCCAUCAGGGGCAGGCUGCCCUGUGGGACAGACCAGGACGAACAUAUUCGAACAGGGCACACAGACCCUCGGCAGCAGGUGCCACCAGAGCAGCACUGACAUCUCCUUUGCUCAGCCUGAAGCUAGUGCGGCAUCAGCCUCUGAUCUGGCCUCAUGGACCAACAUGCACAAUCUGUCUCUCCACCUCUCACAGCUCCUGCACAGUACCUCAGAGCUGCUUGGGAGUCUCUCCCAGCCAGGUGUGGCCAGAAGGGAGCAGAACACCAAGAGGGACAUCCCAGAUAAAGCCCCACAGGCCCUGAUGAUGGAUGGCUCUACUCAGACCACUGUGGAUGAAGGCAGCCAGACUGACCUCGCCUCACCCACCCUGCGCCUCCAGGCUUCAGAGGCCGAACCUCAGGGGGCCAAUGUGAUCCUCGAAGGGCUGGGUUCACAUACCUCAACUGUGUCUCAAGAAGAGGGAGAUGUGCCAGGGGUACCUCAGAAGAGAGAGGCAGAGGAAACAGCACAGAAAAUGGCACAGCUCCUGUAUCUUCAGGAAGAAAGCACUCCCUACAAGCCCCAGAACCCUUCAACACCCUCAUCCCACUUGGGGUUUCAGAAAGCCCCCCUUAGGCAGCAUCUUCCUUCUGUGGGCCCCUCAGUUUCUGAUGCUUUCCUGCCUCCCAGCUUCCAGCUAGAGGAGUCAUCUUGCAUAGCUGUCAGCAGUCCCAGUCCCAGCCCCUGUCAUUCCCCAGGGCUCCUUCCCAGUACUUCCCAGUACCCUGGGGACCCUAGGGUCCAGAAGAAGCUGGGCCCCACCAGCGCUUUGUUGGUGGACAGGGCCUCCUCCCCAAUCCUCACUCUUAGUGCCAGCACCCAAGAGCUGGGUCUUCCCCCAGGCUCUUUGACCCUCUCAGCCCCUUCAGCUCACCCUGUUGAAGGCCACCAGAAGCUUGACUCCAGCCCAGACCCUGUGGGUGCCCCAAGGACUCCGAUGGAUAAUUAUUCCCAAACCACUGAUGAGUUGGGCGGCUCCCAGAGAGGUGGAAGUGCAUUACAGAGGAGUAACGGGAGGUCCUUCCUUGAGUUACACUCCCCGCACAACCCACAACAGAGUCCAAAACUCCAAUUAAGUUUCUUAGGGCAGCACCCUCAGCGGCUUCAGCCCAGGACCACGAUUGGGGUCCAAAGUAGACUGCUGCCACCACCACUGAGGCACAGGAGCCAGACGCUGGCCGACAGCUUUGUGGCUGAGGAGGUGGCUUCCCCAGAGCGUGGCCCACUGAGCGGUGGGGAGCCAAGUCAGUGGCGGAGCAGGAUAGAAAAUGGAGGUGAGAGUUCAACAUCUCCAGGGGAACCACAACGCACUCUGGACCGACCUUCUUCAUGUGGAGGCCUCCAGCACCUCAGCCCCUGCCCUGUCUCUGAGUUGACUGAUACUGCAGGGCUCCGAGGUUCUGCCUUGGGCCUCCCUCAGGCCUGCCAACCUGAGGGGUUACUGUGCUCCAGUUGCCAGAUGUGCAUGGCCCCUGAGCCCCAGCACCACAGUCUGAGGGACCUCCCGGCGCAUAACAAAUUUAGUAACUGGUGUGGGGUUCAGAAGGGCUCACCUGUGGGGGUGGACAUGACUGAGGAGGAGCUGGGGGCCAGCGGUGAUCUCAGCUCUGAAAAGCAGGAACAGAGCACCCCACAACCUCCUAAUGACCACAGCCAGGACCCUGAGUGGUCCCAGGGGGAGCAGAUCCCCCUGCAAGUUGGGGCCCAGAACCUCUCACUCAGCGUGGAACUCACAGAAGCGAAAUUGCACCACGGCUUUGGGGAGGCCGAUGCCCUGCUCCAGGUGCUGCAGAGUGGGACAGGGGAGGCGCUUGCUGCUGAUGAACCUGUGAUAUCCACCUGGAAGGAGCUCCAUGCACGGCAAAAAAAAGCCAUUGAGACCCUCAGGAGAGAGCGGGCUGAGCGACUUGGGAACUUCUGCCGGACACGAUGCCUUAGCCCGCAGAAACAACUGAGCCUCCUGCCCAACAAAGAGCUCUUCGUGUGGGAUCUUGACUUGCCCAGCAGACGCCGAGAAUACCUGCAGCAACUGAGGAAGGGUGUUGUGGAAACCACCAGGAGCCCAGAGUCGGUGUCAAGGUUGGCACAGCCACCCUCUGACAUAGAGCUGAUGCUGCGAGACUACCAGCAGGCCCAUGAGGAGGCCAAGGAGGAGAUUGCCCGGGCCCGAGACCAACUGCGGGAGCAGACUGAACAAGAGAAGCUGAGAAUCCACCAGCAGAUCGUUUCCCAGCUGUUGAGGGAAGAGGAUAAACUACAUACCUUGGCCAACUCCAGCUCCCUGUGCACCAGCUCUAAUGGAAGCCUCUCAUCUGGUAUGACCUCUGGCUAUAAUAGCAGCCCAGCCUUGUCAGGCCAGCUCCAGUCCCCAGAGAAUGCGGGGUACACAAACUUGCCUGAUUCCAGGGAUGUAUGGACAGGGGAUGAGCGAGGAGGCCUUUCUGCAGUGAGGAGGAACUCCGCCUACAGCCGCAGAGCCUCCCUGGGCAGUUGCUGCUGUUCACCAUCCAGUCUGUCCAACUCGGGGACCUGCUUUUCCUCCUCCUACCAGGAUUUGGCCAAGCACGUCGUGGACACUUCUAUGGCUGAUGUAAUGGCUGCUUGUUCGGAUAAUUUGCACAACCUCUUCAGCUGCCAGGCAACAGCUGGCUGGAACUACCAGGGUGAGGAGCAGGCGGUGCAGCUUUACUACAAGGUGUUUUCUUCCACUCGGCAUGGCUUUCUGGGGGCAGGUGUGGUGUCCCAGCCGCUGUCUCACGUGUGGGCGGCUGUCAGUGACCCCAGUCUAUGGCCCCUGUAUUACAAGCCCAUCCAGACAGCAAGGCUGCAUCAGCGAGUGACCAACAGCAUCAGCCUGGUGUACUUGGUGUGCAACACUACCCUGUGUGCAUUGAAGCAGCCGCGGGAUUUCUGUUGUGUCUGCGUAGAAGCCAAAGAGGUGCCUGCCUUGGUGGGUCACCUGUCUGUCAUGGCAGCCCAGUCUGUGUAUGAUACAUCCAUGCCAAGACCCAGCAGAAAAAUGGUUCGCGGGGAGAUCCUGCCCAGUGCCUGGAUCUUGCAGCCCGUCACUGUGGAAGGGAAGGAAGUCACCAGAGUCAUCUACUUGGCCCAGGUGGAACUUGGUGCUCCAGGCUUCCCACCUCAGCUCCUGAGCUCUUUCAUCAAACAGCAGCCACUGGUAAUAGCCAGAUUGGCUUCCUUCCUUGGUAGCUAGCAUCUCACCAUCAAGAUGGUGCUGCUGAGAUGCAGGCCCAGGCUGCUCAAGAGAGACACUGUGGCAGCUCCUUGUUACUUUCCAUACUCCAGUGCAGGAAAAGCUGAUGCUACCUGCUGUGGCCGACUGGGGCAGACAGCACUGGCCCACGGAUGCCAGCAAAGCCCCGUCAGUACUUGGUCACAGCUGGCACCAGUGCAGAGCAAACGGCCUGAGCUCCUGGCCCAGGCUAUCCAGAGUGAAUGCAGCUCAGCUCCCCUUUUGGAUUACUCACCUUUCUUUCCUGUUUCUGGGACUCUGCGGCAAAGAAGCCACUUAAGGACUGGGACUGGGCACAGCCAGCAGAGCCAGGGGACUGCAGUGCUUUGGCAAGGUGCUUCUGCAGGCUGGUAGGGAAGCAGGCAGCCACUGGCCAAGACUCUGCUCUGAAUCUACCUCCAGCAUUCAGCUCUACUGUGUGAUGGGACGUUAAAAAUACCAAAACAGAAAGAGGGUUCAAAAAACAGCUGCACAAACCAGAACACAGAUUCAGAAUCUUUUCUCCCUCUUGAAUUUUUGCAAAAUACUUUCUUAUUGAUUUUUUUUUUUUUUUCCUCCCUUUCUCUCCCAGGAGAAGACACUUGGGUCUUGGCAUGAGUCGGGGUGUUGAGCGACAAUGCUCUGAUACGGAGCCGUCACUCUAGAGCUCGGUCAGUUGGAAGACACUGUAGAACCAGGUUGGACAGAUUUGGGGUUAGGGUCGGGGGCUGAGCUCUUUUGAGGACUGGUGGGAGCGGCAGCCAGAUGCUGGUUGCUGACAAGGCAAGAGGAAUUUCAGAGAUUAAACACUGUCCUUUGAGGGAGAGGAGGUGAAUGAACUCCCAGAGGAGGGGAGUGGCUCGUUGGGAGGAAGCUCAGUUCCAGAACUGACCUCAGUGCACUUGGGAGGCGUGGAGUCCUGAGCAUUCCAUGAUUUCUGCUCUGGCCCCACCUAUCCUAGGAUGGGAUUGGAAGGGAUGGAGAGUGGGUUCAGUGUUCUUGUACUUUAGUCUGGCUGAACAUGAACUCUGAAUAUUCUGUUUACCUGGAAGUGGCAGGGGUGGGAAAGAUUCUCAUCUUUAGUUCUCGUGCCCAAAAUCUUUGGUAGAUGGAGGGUAACUGGGGAUUCAGAAGAUGUGGUAGAAGGUAUAUUUCUGUAUAGUGUGGCAGAGAUGUAUUUUUCUAAAGUGUUGGCAGGGCAUUUUUCCCCCUUACCUCAGACUAAGUUAUUUAUAUAUUGUUGAUUGAAGGUUUUUUAAAAAUUGCUUUUAAACUUCUUUUUCUCGGGUAAAUUUUUUUGGUGACAUGAUAUAUUUAACACCCUAUUUAUAUACUCCUUCCUCUUUUCAUAUAAAUCUCUUACUAAGACUACUGACCAAAAAAGUCAGAACAUUUUUAAAUUGAAA